GGCUGUUCCCGGGCAGGCGCUCCCGGGAAAGGCUCUCUCCGGGCAGGCUGUCCCCGGGCAGGCUGUCCCCGGGGAGGGCCGUCAGUCCCGCCGCCAUGUCGGGGAGCGCGGGGCUCCCCCAUGGCGGUGACGCGCGUUGCCAUGGCGACGGCCGGGCGGCGUUGGGGGGGUGGCGGGAUGACAACAAAUAUGGCGGAGAGGAGCAGGACGGCAGAGACGGGCAGUGCCAUUGGAAGCGAUGAUAUCAUAGCAGGGAACGUGAGCAAGUACAUUGUUCUCCCAUCUGGUUACUGUGGGCAGCCUAAAAAAGGACAUCUUAUAUUUGAUGCCUGUUUUGAAAGUGGGAACCUUGGCCGGGUGGACCACGUCACAGAGUUUGAGUAUGACCUCUUCAUCAGGCCAGACACCUGCAACCCACGCUUCCGAGUCUGGUUCAACUUCACUGUGGAAAACGUGAAGGAAUCCCAGAGAGUAAUUUUCAAUGUUGUCAACUUCAGUAAAACAAAAAGCCUCUACAGAGAUGGGAUGGCUCCAAUGGUGAAAUCCACAAGCCGAUCAAAAUGGCAAAGAAUCCCCUCCAAAAAUGUGUAUUACUACCGCUGCCCAGACCACAGGAAAAACUAUGUCAUGUCCUUUGCUUUUUGCUUUGACCGAGAGGACGACACUUACCAGUUUGCCUACUGCUACCCCUACACCUACACUCGCCUCCAGCACUACCUGGACAACCUCCAGAGGAGGAACAUGGACUACUUCUGCAGGGAACUGCUGGGGCUCAGCGUGCAAAAACGGCGGCUUGACCUCCUGACAAUAACCAGCCCCGAGGACAAAACUGACCUUGAGAACAGUGUGAUGCAGAAGAAAAUUAAAAUCCCCAAACUCUCUCUCAAUCACGUAGAAGAAGCUGGGGAAGUUGCAGAUUAUGGGGAAGAAGAUGUGGAGCUUAGACACAGUAAGAGACAAGAUGGGAGGAAACAAAGUGAAGGUACACACAAAAGCAUUGAAGCAGUUGUUGCUCGCCUUGAAAAACAGAACGGGAUGAGUCUCAGUAAUACUUCCAGCCCUGAGGAGGCUUUUAUGGAGGCUACAGAAGGCAUGAACAGUAUGGACGAUGCUGUAGUUCCUCGGAUUCUCUAUGAGGAAUUGCUGAGGAGUUACCAGCAGCAGCAGGAAGAAAUGAGACACAUUCAACAGGAGCUUGAGAGAACACGGAGACAGCUUGUGCAACAGGCAAAGAAGCUAAAGGAGUAUGGGGCACUCGUGUCAGAAAUGAAAGAGCUCAGAGACUUGAACAGGAGGCUCCAGGAUGUACUGCUCCUAAGACUAGGACCUGCCAUUGAGGUUGAAAAAGUAAAACCUGAAUCAAUUGAGCCCGAACCUGAGGUACAGAAGACCUUCAGUGAGGAAGCAAAUACAUCAACGUACUUCCCUGCCCCUGUUCCAGUAAUGGACAAGUAUAUUCUCGAGAAUGGAAAGGUCCAUCUUGGCAGUGGAAUUUGGGUAGAUGAGGAGAAAUGGCACCAGCUGCAAGUAACACAAGGAGAUUCAAAGUAUACAAAAAAUCUAGCGGUUAUGAUUUGGGGAACAGAUGUUCUCAAGAACAGAAGUGUCACAGGAGUUGCAACCAAAAAAAAGAAAGAUGCCGUUCCCAAGCCACCUCUCUCACCUCACAAAUUAAGCAUUGUCAGAGAAUGUUUGUAUGAUAGAAUAGCACAAGAAACUGUGGAUGAAACUGAAAUUGCACAGAGACUCUCCAAAGUCAACAAGUACAUCUGUGAAAAAAUCAUGGAUAUCAAUAAAUCAUGUAAAAAUGAAGAAAGGAGGGAAAUUGCAAAGUACAAUUUGCAAUAAAUUUUGGAUUUUUAAUAAAGUCUUAGUGUUUUACUUAA